CUUGACUAGCUCCAACACUUCAACUAUGCAAUUGUGCGAAUGCUGCAAAAAGAAUCCUUUCAAGUAUAAAUGUCCUCGAUGUGCAUUCAAAUCUUGCUCGCUGGAUUGCUCGAAGACGCACAAGAUAAAGACGGGCUGCUCAGGCGAACGCAGCAAGACCCACUACGUUCCGCUGAAGCAGUACAGCUAUAACGAUAUGAUGAGCGACUAUGGAUAUCUGGAAGAUAUGUCUCGACAAGCUGAUACCCUGUCUCGCCUGAAUAUGAAGAACGACCCGAAAAAAGCGGUAUCCAAAAAUGCCAUGUGGAAGCAGAAAGGACUGGUAAAUCAAGCUGAGCGAGCAGGCAUAAAGCUUUCUCUGCUUCCUGCGGGAAUGAAGAGGAGAAAGAUCAACAGCACAAACUAUAACCCGAAACAAAGGUUGAUAUUCUGGACCGUAGAAUUCAUAUUUCCCGCUUGCGAAGACAAGCGAGUGUUACUGCAUCGUAUUCCAGCGUCAAAACCAAUGAGAGAGUUACUAGAUGACAUCUUGACGACAGACACCCCACAUGCCUCAGAUGCACUGACCAGAUUUCAAUUGCAAAAGUACAUCGAUUCAGGGACAGAUAGCUUUGUAGUUGGGUUGAAGAAAGAGUUCGUUCCGGCCGAUCAGCAAAACACCUUCAUUGAUAUGACGCCCAUGAUGGAUUCUCCUCUGGCCGAUAUUCUGAAAGGCGAAUCACUCUGCGAAUUCCCAAUUUUCCAUGUCUGGAUAGACAGUGCAGCUCCUGCCGUCACUCUGGAAGAAAAAUCAGAAACCCCUUCCUUUAGAGGUUUGCAUACAUUGGUCGAACAGUCGAAAAAACCUGUCGAAUCGCAACCAGAUGUCGAGCCCGAAGUCAUGGAUGAGUCGGUGGAUGCCUCUACAGAGAGUUCUUCCGAAGAAGUCUCAUCUGAAAGCGAAGAAGAGAAAUCAGAUGAUGAGAGCGACGAUGAAGUGGAGGAAGCAGAUAUGGGCGAGUCGUCACAGACAGUCGAGGAGAAAAAUUCUUCCCACAUCAACGAAAAGUCACUGCCAGUAGAAGAAAACCAACCCACGCCAUCAUCUCUAUAAUGUAGUAUACCAAUCAACCUAUUCUAUCACCACAAUUAUUUAGAAAUCCACCCAAGAGAAUCAGUUUUUGUUUUGUUUCUCAAUGCAGUCAGACUAGCAUCUGUAUAAUAGUGAAAUCGGUUUGGUUUGUGUACUGUAAUUCAAGGAUGGGAGGAGAUAGAAGGGAAGAAGAUAAAGAAGUUU